AUGAAUGAUUUCAUCAUUUAAAUUUUUUGGCAUUGGCAGGGAAAAUUUGCUGCAAUGGUGGUUUGCUGGAUUCUUGGCAAUGGGGUUCUUUUCACUUGGAGCAGUAUGCUCAGAAUAAUAGAUUACUAUCUUAUUCUGUUUCCGAAUUAUCAUCCCUCUAGGGUGCUUACUCUUGUAUACCAACCAUUUGCUUUUGGAACAAUGGCAAUACUUGCUUACCACGAGGCAAAACUCAAUACAAGGAAGCGGAAUCUAUCCGGAUAUACACUCUUUUUCUUGAGCUCGAUGGCUGUGUUAAUUUUAUGCAAAUCAUGUUCAUUUUUGGAUUUAGCAACAUCUGGAAAAGGAGGGCUUGGAACUUUCAUUGGUAUAUGCAUAGUUAGCGGUGUUUUUGGAAUAGCAGAUGCUCUUGCACAAGGAGGAAUGAUUGGAGAUAUAUCCUUAAUGCAUCCAGAUUUCAUGCAGUCUUUUCUUGCAGGGGAAGCAGCCUCAGGUGCACUAACAUCUGUUUUGAGGUUAAUCACAAAAGCAAUAUUUGAAAAUUCUAAGGACGGUCUUCGCAAAGGAGCGAUUAUGUUCUUUGCCAUAUCAAUACUCUUUGAACUUCUUUGCACUGUUCUCUACGCAUUUAUGUUUCCUAAAUUACCAAUUGUGAAGUACUAUCGUUCAAAAGCGGCAUCAGAAGGAUCCAAAACUGUCACAGCUGAUCUUGCUGUAGUUGGCAUCCAGGCCACCGGAGAAUCAAAGCAAUUUGAGCGCAAAGGAAUGAAGCGAUUGUUAUGGGAAAACAAAGAUUAUGCACUUGAUUUGUUUCUGAUAUAUAUCCUGACAUUAGCUAUAUACCCUGGAUUUUUAUCAGAAGAUACCGGAAAACACAGUUUAGGCACCUGGUAUAUGCUCGUGUUAAUUGCUAUGUAUAAUGCAUGGGACCUUGUUGGAAGAUACGUUCCAUUGAUUAAAAGCCUGAAGAUGGAGUCGAGAAAGUUGAUCACUGGUUCCGUCUGUGCCCGAUUUGUACUUAUACCAGCAUUUUAUUUCGCUGCAAAGUAUGGCACUCAAGGUUGGAUGAUAAUGUUGACAUCUUUCUUUGAGUUUCUUUGUCACGAGUCUCCUCCAACGGAUCUUUUGAAUCUUCUUCGCAGUGAUGCAGCUGGAGCUUUUUAUUUGAGAGUGUAGCUCUUUUUUUUUUUUUUCUAUUUUUUUUCCUGUUUCUUUUGUUUUUCUUUUCCUCUUUUGUUUUAGCUUUGUACACCAAAUAAAAAGGGCGCUAUUACCACAUUAACACUCGUUUGGAAUCAUAUCAUUUAGCACUUUAGCAUUGUCUAAUCCAUUAGGCCCUUGCAAUCUCUGCAAGGCACAAUGGAAGAAUAAAUUGAUUAGAAAAGGGACAAUGGAAGAAUAAAUUGAAGCACAAGGGCAUAGGAACAUGUCAAUUCAUCCAAAUCAGACAACUAUGUGGUUGUACUAUACUUUUUUACAAAAUUAUCAAAGUGAUUUCUUGGAGUAUAAUUAUUGGGGAUGUUUUGGUGAGGCGAAUGGGAUAAAGGAUGAAGAAAUACAAAUGAGAUAACUAUUAAGAGA